AUGAAUAGUGAUAUACGUUUAACAACGACUUCAAGUCGAUUAACAAUUUUAGGUUUAUAUGCCUUAGGCAUAAUUCUUAUCGCAAUAUACACAGCUAAUUUUUCAUCUUUUCUUACGUUAAACCGUGGUCAAUCAUUUAUCUCUGGUAUUGAUGAUAUCAAAAAUGGUGUUUUACCUUUUUCACGUAUUGGUAUUGUGACUAAUUCAGCUGUGUCCGAUUAUUAUAUAAGAAAUAUUUCUACUCAUUACUAUUCUCUUUCUAGUGUUGAAGAAACAUACUCACGAUUACUUGAUCAUACCAUUGAUGCAUCUAUAUGGGAUUCCUCUAUACUUGAAUAUGCUGUUAACAAUUACUAUUGUAAUGAAUUAAUUGUAACUGGUGUUGGUUUUAUUAAAUCAUCAUUUGCAAUUGUGUUACCUAAAAAUUGGCUAUACAAGAAAGAUUUAGAUGUCAAUAUUGUGUCAUUACGUGAAUCACAAAAAUUAGAAUUAUUUGAAAAGGUCUGGAUGAAUCAUCGAGAAUGUUCAUCAUCAUCAUCAAGCAGUUUGAAUCAUGUUGAUGGUCCGAAAAGUAAAACGUUUUCAAUCAAUACUUUAGGUGGAGUCUUUCUUAUGUUUCUAAUAAUAACUGCGAUCGCUUUCGGCUUUCAUAUAUGGAAUUGUCGAGUAGUUAUCAUCAGCGCAUUUGAUCACACUAUCAAACGAAUACAACAACCGAUAAGGAGAAUGACAAUAAGUUAUUAACAUAAAACUUUGUUGGAUAAUGUGCAAUGAAUCAUUAAAAAAAACAAUCCUAAAAAAUUAUAGUUUCAUAUAUGAUCGCUUUUUUCUUAUUCACGAAAAAUAAAAUAUAUUUUAAAUGAACACAGAUUUUUUUCACUGAUAACUUUAACGAUCUUAGAGAAAUAAUAAUUAAAUCAAUCAAUUAAUAAAAUUGAAUCAUUCAAUCAUUAUUUUAUCAAAUAAAAUAAAUGAUAUACAGAAUUUUAUCUUUGAAAAAUUCGCUCAAGAUAAUUUUUUUUGACGUUUUGUAUGUCAAUGCUUAUUCAAACUUGUAACUCAUUUUCAUAGAGAGGAUCAUUAAGAAAUUGUUUCAUAACGAUAUUGAAAUGUGCUAGUUUUAAUUAUUCGAUUAAAUCUAGAAGUGAUUGAU